CCGCGCCGUCGCUGGCCCCGGCCCCCCAGUUCCUCAAACGCCAGGUCACGCCGCCGCCGCGGUCGCCGGACACGGCGGGAGCCCGCACCGCCAAGCAGUCGCCCCUGUACAACCGGGGGAUGAUGAUGGAGAGUACGGAGGAGAUCGACUACAGCAAAGAUUCGGCCAAGGACCUGAAGCCGCCGUACAGCUACGCGACGCUGAUUGCCCAGGCCAUAUUCUCCAGCGAGGAGGAGAAGCUGACCCUCAACAGUAUUUACAACUGGAUCAUGGAGAAAUAUGCGUUCUACCGGCAUUCCCAGAGCGGGUGGCAGAACUCCAUUCGACACAACCUCUCCCUCAACAAAGCGUUCCAGAAAGUUCCCCGCCGGACCGACGAACCCGGCAAAGGCAUGAAGUGGCAGAUCGCACCGGAAUACCGCGAGGAGUACUGGAAGAAGCAGCUCAAGAAGGGCACGCAAUCGUCCGCGCCCUCGUCGCCCGCGACCAAAGACUCGACGCGGGGCAACGGUCUGGAAGCGGUGUUCCUGGCCGGCAAGAAGUCACCGCCGGUGUCGUCGCCCGGGUUCAGUUCGUUCCCUGUGGCGCCAGUCGAGGCGUACACGCCGGAGCGAGGCUCGCGAGCGUCCCGCAACGGAGCGCAGUCGCUGCGGCCGCCACCGCCGAUCCGAGACUACGAGGAGCCAUCACCCCUGCCGGCGCGGACUGCCGCCAAGCAGGGCAACGGCGCGGGGCUGCGGUACGGGAUGUCAGACCACGCCGUGGGAUCACCGCCGGUCCUGUCGUCGUCGUAUUACGACGAGGGGCCCUCGUCCAUGAUCACGCCGGCGCCACAACGGCAACAGCCACGCCUCCCGCCGCCGAGCACAGCGCAGAUCCCGUCCAAGUUCAUGCCGAUGAGCUCACCGGCGCAGUUCUGGAAGUUUGCCGACAUCGGCAGCACGCCCGCGCGACCAGUCCCGGACAUGAGUCCCUUGAAAGGGGAUUUGGGUGAUGGACUGGGUAGUAUCCCGAGUAGUAGUCCGCCGCCGCCGAACCUGGCUAGCCCGAGCAAGCCGGGGACGCUGAACGGCGUCGGUCACGGCCGGUUACCAUCUCGACAUGACGACGGACGACCGGGGACAAAUGGGUCGGGGCGAUUGGAUGAGGAAGAAGAGGAUGACGGAGGAUUUGAUCUGGCACGGGGCUUCCAACCGAUCGGGUCAUACCAUCGACAGCUGAACAACGCGGCGCGGGCGAGUGCCGCGACGUCGUAGACUCUGACCGAUGAAGAUAAUGCAUUAAGCCCGAUGAAAUGUAAUGAUGAUGACUGGACGUGGAUAGAGGAGCAUGGGUGGCAUUCAUCUAGUGCUCGCUGAGCUGAUCUAUGUACGAGCGAAUAUUACGAUUAAUAGUCUGAUCUACCCUACACUUCAAUCCAUGUUCAUUAUUUAAUUCAAACAUGUUAC